CGGUGGGAUUUGCGGUGCGAUUUACCCGGAAGUAGUUUUUUGUCAUGCGCAUUUGUUCAAAACAAUAUCUCAUAUCUCGCCAUUUUAUAUCAAUGUGAAAUGUUUUGUAUCUGUAUGCCAUCAAAAUGACUUCAUUUGCGGAAAGUUUUUGGGGAGGAAAGAACAAUGGAUUCUAUGUACUGUAUCAUAACAUGAAACAUGGCCAAACAUCCUCGAAGGAUCUUAUGGACUUCCUCCGAGAAAGUUGCCAGGUGGAGGAGACGUACAGCAAGCUGCUCACCAAGCUGGCCAAGGUGGCUGCCAACAAUACACAAGUCGGGACGUUUGCCCCAUUCUGGGCCAUCAUGCGUACACUUGCGGACAAGUUGGCGAGCCUGCACAUGCAGCUGGUGCAUACAUGGUCAGACCUUAUGAAGGACAUCAUACGAUACAAUGACGAACAGCACAAACGACACAAAACUAUGAAGGAAGGGGAAUCUGGCACUUUGGAGGUUGUACAGUCUAUACAGAACACCACCACGGCAUUGCACAAGGCCAAGGAACUCUACCACACUCGAUGCUUAGAGUUGGAAAGAUUGAAGAGAGAAAAUUCAUCUCCUAAGGACAUUGAAAAGUCUGAAACGAGGUACAAGAAAGCAAAAGAAGACUACAAAACAUUGGUUGAUAAAUACGCAAAAACCAGAGAGGAAUUUCAAAAUAAAAUGGUGGAAUCAUGCACACAUUUCCAAGAGUUAGAAGAAGAGCACAUAUGCCAAAUGAAGGAUUUUAUAGACACCUAUGCACGAGCAAUGCAAAAUGAGCAUGUCUUGUUUGGUCAGGCACAAGAAGAAUUCAGGAACAGCUGUGAUUCCCUAAGUGUUCAAAAACUGUUGACGACAUUUAUAGAGGCAAAAUCAACGGGAAAAGAAAAACCAGCCAUGUACAAAGGUGUACCUGUGGUAGACCCAGGACCCCUAGAAUUCGUAGAGCCUGAUUUGUCUAGUCUGCCAUCGCAGCGUCCCAUGUCGCCAGAGGUCCAGAUUGACAAGCGGGACAGCAUUAGCGAGAAGAGCAGAGCUGAAUCGGCUAUUUUUACGGACUCGAGCGGUAGUGCAAGUCCUAUACCGACCGACCAGCCAGGGCCACUAAGUCGUAGCGUGAAACUGCGGGUGUCUAGAACAUGGUUUUUAAAGAAGAGAAGGAAGAAAGCAAAGAAAAAUAAAGAAGACAAGGAUUCAGAAUCAAUUGACACUCAGGAGAGUGGGGACAGCAAGAACGCCCCCGAGGUAGAUGAGGAGGGCUACACCAUUCGACCACCCAGUCCUGACUUGAAUCCAGAAAACGGGGACAGCAAAAGUUGGUAUGAUUCAUCAGACUCCGAUUCUGACAAUGAACCAGAAACUAAAAUAAAAGUGCACAUAAAACCCAUUAGUCCAACUGGUACUCAGGCUGCCACAGGAAAUGUCGAUGAUAUUCGUAUAUCUAUGGGCAUGCUUAGACUGUCGCCAACAUUAGCGAAAAAGGGUCGAUCCACACCUGUAGAGAAAAAGGUGAUGAAGAGGUCCCAGUCUGAGUCAGACACGUUAGAUGGAGUGUCAUCAAAGUCGAGCACAAGCCACCUGUUGAAUCUGGACAACUUGUUCACUUCAAGUGCGUCGACCCCCACAGGCCAUUUACCUUCACCCUUGUCCCCGUUUAACGAUGGUCCCUCCAGCAACUUCUUUGAAAAAAGUGCUACAAACCCUUCACCGCAGUCAAUAGCCAACACCAGCGACCAUCUCAGUCAGUCAGGCAGCAGUGAUAUGGGAGGCAGCUCCUCAAGUCAGCCUGUAGAGAAUGGAGUUGUCCCCCCUACUAUACCACAGAGACCCCCGUCCAGGGGUGUCAUACCUCAGGUUCCCGCACGACCCUCCUCUGGAUGCCCGAGCCCCUUUAGUCUGAACCGCAUCGACUCAAGCGCUAACGUACAGUGGAACACUACCUCCAUGCCGAUUGGUUCAUCCCGUGGCCCAAGUCCCCUAACAAUAGGCAUGGCAGACACUGUUCCCUUGGCGGUCGCAUUUACGGAAACCAUUAACGCUUAUUUUAAAGGAACUGAUGCUACCAAAUGUUCGGUGAAAAUGAGCGGCAAUUUGAUGAUGUCCUUCCCGGCCGGGGUUGUCCGAGUGUUCAUGGACAACCCCAACCCCGCCCCACUUAGCUUUAAACUAAAAAACUCUAGCCGACUAGACCAGAUAUUGUUGAAUAAACAAUUGGUGACGCAAGACACUGGUCAGUCUAUUGAAGGCAGUGAUGUCUACACUUUCGAUAUGCCCGCCCUGAGUGACCAUCUGCGAAGCCAAGGGGAGACAAAUAAGAGUGCUUCAUAUUUCAACAUUGAUAUACUCAAAUACCAGAUCAAGACUCAGCCAGGCGUUGAAAGCACUCCGCUGCCCGUGGUGGUGUACUGGAAGUGCGAGGAGAAGGUAACGGACUACCGACUCGACUACCGGUUUAACGCCCCCGCAAUGACCUCCGGGGCAACCCUGAAGAACAUUUCAGCGACUGUGAUAGUGGACGGCGGAGUGAGCAGUAUGCAGAGCCUUCCGGAGGGUGUCUGGAACAAUGAGACGAAGCGAGCCACUUGGAAGUUGAACGACAUAUCGGAAGUGAGUGAAAAUAGUUCCCAGGGCUCUAUACGUGCCAAAUUUGCAUUAGAAAAUGGCAAGUCGACCCCAUCUACGACUGCCUUGCAGUUUCUUGCCGAGGGGUCCACGCUAUCGGGUAUAGACUUUGAACUGGUUGGUCCAGGCUACAGGAUCUCCUUGUCAAAGAAGAGAUGUGGUGCCGGGAAAUACCUUGCCGAUCCUGACCAGGCCACCAAACAUGUGUGAUAUGACUGUGAACGGCCAUCUGAAGAAUUGAAAUCAUUCCAGGACCACACUGCAGAUCUCACCAAUCAGAUUCCAUGUUUCAUUUUCUUCUAACCGAUCAGAGUUGUCGAUGCAAAAGCAGAAUUUUAAACUGGUCAAUUUCAUGUUUCAUUUUCUUCUAGCCAAUUAGACUUGUCGAUGCAAAAGCAGAAUUUUAAACUGGUCAAUUUAUGAUAAUUGAUACCAAAUCAAUUUGUAUUCCUCCGAAGGAGGGCAUAUAGUGAUUGCACUGUCUGUCUUUCCGUCACACUUUUGCGUUUAGGUUUCGAAAAAUGCUCAUAACUUCUAUACCGCUUCAGAUGUAACCUUCAUAUUUGGUAUGCAUGUGUAUAUGGACAAGGCCUUUCCAUACACACAAAAAUUUUGACCUCUUUGACCUUGAACUUAGGGUCCUCGUUAAGGUUUCGAAAUUUGCGUUUAGGUUUUGAAAAAAGCGUUUUUCGGGUCCAUAUGUCUUCCAAUGGAGACAGCUCUUGUUUGACUAGAAAAUAAGAAUUGUUGAUACAAAAGUUAGUUUUUCUACUUACCAAUACAGCACUGUGUACAAAUAAAAAAAAUGCUUAUUAAUGUUUACCCACAAAAAAGAUUUGCAUGAAACAUAUUUUGUUCAUUGGAGGUUUUUUGCAAACCAAAUUUAAAAGUUUAUGCCGCAUUACAUGUUUAUAGGCAUUUGUGUAGUAUAAAUCUUAAGAGUAAAAGUGUACAUGAAAUUCCUGUAUGAACACAAAGUAGAUUAGUCACUGGAAAAGGUAAAAACAUUGUUGGUGUAAAUAUAGCAAGGUAGUAAAUUAAGCAUUUGUACUUGUGAUUCAUCAAUGCUAAAUAACUUCAAAUAAAGUUUUUUCUUGAAAAUUCUUGCUUUGUAGGUUUUAUUUGGAAGGCAUUUACAGUCAUUAAAGAUUUGCAUGAACUUUAUUGUUUUAUUUUGGGAUGAAUUACCGAGUGACCAUUUUGGUGAUGGAAGGCAAAAAUUGCCUGACAUUUGCAGACCUAUAUAUAUUGGACAUACCUUAAAUUAUGAUUUUAAUUUGGUAUUUUUCUACUUCCUUUUAUGCAAGGGGCUAGAUUUUGCCUUGUAUUACAUCUUGAUUGUACAGCUUCCACCAAUCAUACAAAGAAAUCAUUAAUGAAUAUUAAUGUUCUGGGCAACUAACCAAUCAAAGGGCAAUACCUCUCAGUGAUACAGAUUAAAGAAUCCAUUUGAACACAGUGACAUUUUUACAAAAUUUUAUUAAAACAUUUAUAUGUGUGCUGCUUAAAAUUCAUGCUGCAUCCAUCAUUUUACAGGUAUGUAUAUUGUAUUUCGUAGAAUUCAAAUCAACAUGGUUAUCUUGCCUUUUUAAUGCACAAAAAAUUGCUGCCAAAAUGUACAUGUUUUAAAGUGGGUUAUGAACACGUAGGAAACUUUCCACCACAGAAAUGGUCCUUCGGCAGAAAGGCUCUUUGUUAAUAAUAUCCAUAGGCUGUUAUCUUAUGAAUAAGAAACACACUUGUCCUCUUGCAGGUUUUUAUACCCCCACAAACAAAGUUUAGGGGGUAUGUAGGAGUAAGCUUGUCGGUUGGUCCGUCCGUAGUAAGUGUCCGCUCUCUAAUUCAAGUUGUUUUCAUCCGAUCUUCACCAAACUUGUUCAGAUGUUGUAUCUUGAUGAUGUGUAGGUCAAGUUCGAAUAUGGGUCAUGCCAGGUCAAAAACUAGGUCAGGGGGUCAUUAAGUGGGUUUUAAACAUUUAGCAUGGUGUCCGCUCUCUAAUUCAAGUAGUUUUCAUCCCAUCUUCACCAAACUGGGUCGGAUGUUGUAUCUAGAUGAUGUUGAGGUCAAGUGUAAAUAUGGGUCAUGCCGGGUCAAAAACUAUGUCACAGGGUUACUUAGUGCGUUUUAAUCAUUCAGCAUGCAAAAUAUUCUGUGUCAAUGCGGCAUGUGGGGGUAUUCGUCACGUCUGUGACAAAGCUCUAGUUUUUUCAAAAAUAGGGCUUUGUAUUACACUUUGUGUAAAAUGUAAAAAGUAGGUCAAUAUUGCACUCCAGAGUUUUACAAGUGAUGCUAUUACAGUCAUGUACAUGCAUGCUUAUGCACUCUGACAAAACCUUUUUAGUCAAUGGUUGCUCAAGACCUGUAUCUACAUCAUGUGUUAGUGCUUUUAGGGUUGUAAUCAUUUCAUUGUUUAUCCUGAGUAAUUGCCUAGUGCAAUAGAGGUCUGUCAACGUUUUGAAUAUAUUGCAGAAAAAAGCGUGUUAAUUUUAACAAAGUCCAUGUUCAUGUAUAAUAUUAAUUCUUAUAAACAAAUAUAUUAAUAAUGUUAUAACCAAUUAUUAUAAUAUGAUGUAAUAAUAAUGACACAGUGUGUGUAACAAUAAUAAUAAUCAAGAAUAGUGUUAAUUAAACAAAUUAUGUAUUGUCAGCGGUUUGAAUAUCGUCUGAAUAUCUUGAUGUCAAUAAUAUUUUAUGACUGUACGGUAGCUGUUUUUGAUGUUCAUAGAUUUUGAGUGAAAUCUAAUCACACAUGGUUGUGAACUGUUAUAAGACGAUCACACAUUCCAUAGAAGGACAUAGGCAAGGCAAAUCAGGAUUCAAAACAACAUUAUGUCCGAAUUAUAUUAUCAUUGAUGAAAACAAACAUGCACAAUUGUCCAUGUUUACCAGUAUAUAUUGCAUGUUUGUCAAAAAAAUUGGUAAAUAAUUAAGGGGGGAAAAUAUUUUCAUGAAAUUGCUUUGUUGUUAAUUAUUUUUAAUCGGGAUGUGCAAUAAAUGUAUAUGUAUGUAUGUUUUGUAAUGAUGUUAUAUUUGAAAAUAUAGUGAGACAGGCAUAGUCAUGUUUUAUGAGAUGGAAUAGAAGAGUCUAAUUCAUACAAGGUACAUUUUAAAUGUUUGUAAAAUUGUGUUCUUAUUCAUACCCCAAUGUGCAAGUCAGGAAUGUUGGGCUUAUGUAUAUCUUUAAAAAGGAAUCAAAAUGGCUGCCCUGAUAUGUAGCAUAUAAAAUUCAGAGAAAAUAUGGGACAACAGUUUCAAUUUGUGUAUUUUUUCAAUCUCUUUUGAGCAUACCAGUGUGAUAAUAAUAUGGAAAAAGUUCUUCCAGUAAUGUAUAUGAUUCUUUUUAAAUGAGUAUUUCUUUUAUGGAUCACAGUCAUUUUGAUACUCUUUCCUUACAUGCCUGUACUUUGUUGCUUCAUAUUUGUAUGUUUAAUUGAUGCCUAAGUGAAAAAGGUAUUAACUUAUUGAAUAGCAUUCUACAAUAAAUUUGAUGUUAUGUAACAGUGUUUAAUGAAAGCAAGUUCAAUUAACUGACUGAAAUUCAACUUGCAAUUUUAAAUUCGAUUUUACUAUAUAGUAACAUUGCUUAAAGUAUAUUGAUUGAUAACUUGUGCCACAAAACUGCAAAUUCUUUCCUGCAUGGCAUGACAUUGUUCUGAAUAUUUAAGUUUCCAUUUGUGUAAGUAUUCAAUACUUUCUAUUUUUUAAAGCUAUAUUGACAUGCAUAUUUGAUAAAAAGAGAACACAUUGAAAGAAAUUUGGUUUUGUUUGUAGGAGGUACUCCCAGCAUUCAUAUUUGUUCAAUAUUUUAUUAUGAUGAGACCUCAAUUUAUUUUUAUUUUUUUUUAUUUUUUUUGGGGGGGGGAUAAUAUCAUUUGUAAGGUGUACAAUACUGAGUAAUGCAUUUGUGUUGCAAUAAAGCAACAUAUUGUCAAUAUUUUCCAAUGAUUUGUGUUUGUAUGUUUUGUUUUUGUUUGUUUUAACCAGACAGCAAUUAUUUAAUAUUUCUGCAUUUAUCUGCAUGAAGUUUUGUAACAAGCAAACAUUAUUUUCACAUAUCAGAAUGAAAAAUUACUUAUAGAUACUUAUGAUAUUGUAUCAAUGUAUAAAUGGAAAUGUUUAUGUUUGAUAAAUCAAAACAAUAUUGUAUAAUCAGUAUGUAUUUGUAUUAUUAUUUAUUCAUUCUGUUCUCAUAUUUCCUUAAGUACUCAUAAUAAAUUACUUGGAACACGUUUUGUCUACCCUUAAAUAAUUAUGCCUAGCUAGUCAUUUUUCUAUAAAAGUAAUGAUAAUAAUACUGUAUUUUUAUGUCCCCCAGUCUAUACUGGGGGACAUAUUGUUUUUGCCCUGUCUGUUUGUUGGUUUGUUUGCGUCAAACUUUAACAUUGGCCAUAACUUUAUCAAUAUUGAAGAUGGCAACUUGAUAUUUGGCAUGCAUGUGUAUCUCAUGGAGCUGCACAUUUUAGUGGUGAAAGGUCAAGGUCAUCCUUCAAGGUCAAAGGUCAAAUAUAUGGGGGGAACAUAGUGUUUCACAAACACAUCUUGUUUUCUCUAUCAUCACAGAGUUAUUUGUAUGCCCCCCCCCCCCCUUUGAAAAUGCGGUCAGUACAUUAGUGCGAAAUUUUCUGUCCCAGUCAUAACAGACAAAUAUUAAUGGAUUUUUUAAUAACUAAUUAAAACCAUUAUUAUCCCCCGCCAUAGACCGAGGGAUAUUGUUUUUGCGUUGUCCGUCCUUCCAUCUUUUCGUCCAUCCGGAGCCAUAUCUUGGAAAUGCUUUGGCGGAUUUCAUUGAAACUUGGUAUGAGUAUGUAUAUGGAUAAGAGGAUGAUGCACGCCAAAUGGCAUUGUACACCAUCAGUUAAUAACAGAGUUAUGGCCCUUUGUAUCUUGAAAAAAUGCUUUUUUUGUGUGUCCGGAGCCAUAUCUUGGAAGUGCUUUGGCAGAUUUCAUUGAAACUUGGUAUAAGUAUACAUAUUGAUUAGAGGAUGAUGCACGCCAAAUGGCAUUGUACACCAUCUGUUAAUAGCGGAGUUAUGGCCCUUUGCAUCUUGUAAAAAUGCUUUUUUGAGUGUCAAAUAUAAUACUUUUGUGUCCAGAAGCAUAAUGGGGGGGAUAUCAAUUCAAAGAAUUUGCUUGUUAAACCAUGUGCCUGGUUUAACAAUUCUGAAGGUCAAUCUCAUAGGUCAGCCUACAAUAACCUGGUCAUGUAUUGAUGGAUUCCAAAAUAACUUUGCACAAAUGCAAUCCAUCACUUGUCGUGUGUACCACAUUACUUUUAAAGUUCAAAGGUCAAAUUUGGUCAUACAACAGCUUAUCCUGACUGUGACGUUGUUCUUCACUGUGCAAUUUCAAAAUAACUUCAAUAAAAUAACUCCACAAAUGAAUACCAUGAGAAGACUUGAGUAUCAUGAGUAUUACCUGUCUCAUUACCUUAAAGGUCACUGUCAAACUUAGGCAGCAAAAGUUUGAGACAAAAGCGCAAAAUGGUGUAUCUGUGCCCUAUGGAAACAUGAUUUUUUUCUUAAAUGCAAAGAUUUGUCAAUCUGUUAUUUUGGUUAUUUUAAACCAAUUUGUUUACCUAUAAACUCAUAAAAAUAUUUAAAUGAUAUAUCUAGCCUUUUGUGUACCCUAAUUUGUAUUUGAAAUUAUAACAAUGUAAUUAUUUUUGUAAAAAAAUGUAGGUUGUUUGCAUAGAGGAAAAUGUUUUUAAGCAGUUUACCGCAAAAAACAAUGAUGCAUCUUGUAUUAGUUCUUAGCUACAUUAAAGCGAAAUGCAUGUAUCAGUGAAGCCUUAUGCAAACCAUGUUCAUUUGCUCUUUGAAAAUCUGGCUCCCGAGUUUCCUUUUGUUGGUACACCAUCUCUGAUUUGAUGUGCAAUACUUUAGAUUUUUAUGCUUCCCCAAAAUUUAUUUUGGGGGUGAGCAUAUAGUCGCCGCUUCGUCUGUCUCUGUGUGUGUGUGUGUGUUUGUCCAUCCGUGCACAAUAAUGUCAGGGCUAUUUCUCAGCAACUACCGGUAAUGACCGGAAUUCAAUGAAACUUUAUGGGAAGCUUCACUACCAAGAGGAGAUGUGCAUAUUAUCAGCCGGUUCUGGUCGGAUGAUUUUUCACAGAGUUAUGAACCUUUGAAAUUUUCCAUUAACUGUACAUAUAGUGCAAUUCUUGUCCGGGCUAUUUCUCAGCAACUAAUGACCGGAAUUCAAUGAAACUUUAUGGGAAGCUUCACUACCAAGAGGAGAUGUGCAUAUCAUCAGUCAGUUCUGGUCGGAUGAUUUAUCACAGAGUUAUGGCCCUUUGAAAUUUUCCAUUGUACAUAUAGUGCAAUUCUUGUCCGAACUAUUUCUCAGCAACUUAUUACAGGAAUUCAAUGAAACUUUAUGGGAAGCUUCACUACCAACAGGAGAUGUGCGUAUUAUCAGCCGGUUAUGGUCGGAUGAUUUAUCACAGAAUUAUGGCUCUUUGAAAUUUUCUUAUAACUGUACAUAUAGUGCAGUUCUUCUCUGGGCUAUUUCUCCCCAACUACUGACUGGAUUUCAAUGAAGCUUUAUGGGAAGCUUAACUACCUUGAGGAGAUGUGCAUGUUAUUUGUGGGUUCUGGUUACAUGAUUUAUUUAGAGAGUUAUGGCCCUUUGAAAUGUUUAAGUUGCUUAACCAUCCAUCGUAUUAUUUUGUCCAAAGUUAUGCCCCUCAAGACGUUUCCUUUUAUCUGAAUAUAUAGUGCAAUAUUGUGACAAAAAAAACUUUGGGGAGCAUCACCCGUCUCCGACAGUUUCUUGUUUUAAUUGGAUGUCUUAUUCUCUUUCACAUUAAAAGCAGCAGUGUGCAGUUUGGUUGUCCUUUGUGUUGUCUCAAAAUUGUAUAGUUUGUUAGCUGCAUUAUAAGGAUGCCUAGAUGCCAAUGGGUGUUUUUGGAAAUGUUCCAUUGGUGCAAAAAUAUCAAGAGUGGGACUAAAAAAUGAGUCUUCUUCUGGCAAAAUGGUUGUAGUUUUUGUGCAAUAAUCAACAUGGUUUUCUUUGAGCUCAAAACAUGGGCAUGGCUAAUCCCCCAAGAUUUGACACUCACAUAGCCUGAUCUCAUUGUGACCUUCACAUUGACUUACCUUUGGGCUUUGACUAAUUUAGAAUUCUGUUUUGUCUAACAUCAAUACCUCUUACUAGAAAUCUUUGAACCUUUGAUUACAUGGAUGUAAACUAUAAAUACUCUCAACACAACUACAUUCCUUGACCUCAGUUUGACCUUGAAUUUGACCUUUUGGACAAAGACCGGUAAAUGACUUGUAAAACAUGGGACACAACAAAGUUACCAAGACUGGUAUUUGGAGUCGUGCAUCUUAGCAAAUACCAAAUACUGAUAUACUAUAAGGGGCAAGAUUAUCUUCUGUCAUUAUUAACAAAUAAACUACACCCACCACCUCAAUAUAGAACUGUUUGUGUGUUAGAAAGUUGUGGCGAGGCUUGACCUAUUUCAUUUUACGUCUUUGGUAAUGAAAGAAACUAUGUAUGAAAUUCACAUUAUUAUACAUAACCAUGUUGUCUGCAUUCUGUGGCUUGUUUUUCUUAAUCAAAGAUAAAAGAAUCAGGAAUGUUUGUAUAUAUGUAUACAAAUCCAUUAUUAACUGUUUAAAUUAGUUCAUUCAAAGUUAUAUGUUACAUAAAAAUAUAUAUUUCUAAAAUAUAAAUUCUUGACACCGUAAAUCAAAUACCUUAAGGUAUAGCUAUUUCAUCUUGAAGUGAAACCAUCACUUAUAGAAGCAUUAUUUCAUGCUGUAAUUAUAUCCUUUAUUUAUCCUACAUGUGUAUGUGCAUUUAUUAAAUCUGUAAUAAAACCAAUGAUGGUAUUUGCAGUGGAAUUCUCUCAAUAAUGUAACUCUAUUCCAUUUCCAGUAUGAUAUGUUCAAGCUAUGUUAUAUUCAAGCAUGAAAGUUGUUUUUUAGGUAGAGAUAAAGUAAGGCACUUUAACACAUUUAAUUUAUUGAUUUAAUUCAAUUAGUUUUAAAGGGAUCCAAAUCAAUCAACCCACAUGCAUAUAUUUCUUCCCCAACGUGUAUGAUGGCAUUCAGUUAUCUUUAUCAGGUAGAUUAUUUAUUACCUCUUGUAUGUUUGUACUUUGUGCUAGAGGUUAAGAGAAAGCAAAUGAACUGAAAUUUAGUGUCCACUGUAACUCACUUUUAUGUGUGAAAUUUCCUCACACCAUGUCAAUCAUGGUUGUAUUCAUUAAAAGAAUUGCAUAGAUGACUACUUAUGAGUGUAUGUAUCUGUUUUAACUUAAAAGUAAAAUAUGUUGAAAUGCUAUAAAUAAUUUCCAGUAAGAUAUGUUCCAUAAUUAUUUUGUUGGUUUGAAUGAGAUACUUGUGAUGUUAGUUAGUUGAAUGUAUGCAUGGAAUUGUUAACUAUUAUCAACUAUUGAUUGAUUUAAUUUUAUAGUUCAAGAAUAAAUUCAAUAUACACUACAA